AUGGGCCGUAAAGCUGAGUCCAAGCCACCGAUGGAGGAGAUCCCCGUCCGGGUGGCUGUUCGCAUCCGGCCCCUGCUGCCCAAGGAACGCUUGCACGGGCACCAGACUUGCCUGCGAGGAGACCCAGAGACUAAGGAGGUGACCCUGGGGCACAAUCGCCAUUUCCGCUUUGAUACCGUCUUCACCGAAUCCGCCAGCCAGGAGUCCGUUUAUGUUGCUUGCGUGCAGCCGCUGGUGGAGGCCUUUUUCCAAGGCUUCAACGUGACCGUCUUUGCCUAUGGCCAGACAGGGUCUGGCAAAACCUACACCAUUGGAGAAGUGACUGUCUCCUCCUUCAAUGAAGAUGAGCAGGGCAUCAUCCCUCGAGCCAUGGCUGAAGCCUUCAGACUCAUGGACGAGAAUGACUUAUUGGACUACACCGUCCGUAUUUCUUACCUGGAAGUGUAUAAGGAGGAAUUCUGGGACCUCCUGCAAGUGGAGACGGCGAGCAAGGACAUUCAGAUCCGAGAAGAUGACAAGGGCAACAUCGUGUUGUAUGGGGUGGCGGAGACCGAAGUGGAGGGCCUAGACGAGGUCUUGAGCCUGCUGGAAAUGGGCAACGCAGCCAAGCACACGGGGGCCACCCACCUCAACCAGACGUCCAGCCGCUCGCACACCAUCUUCACCGUGACGAUGGAGCAGCGCCGGAACGCUGGGCGCCUCGCCCUUCGGGACGAGGCCGCAGCCCCAGUCGCGGGCCAAGUCCUGACCUCCAAAUUCCACUUCGUGGACCUGGCCGGCUCCGAGCGGGUGGUGAAGACGGGGAGCACGGGGGAGAGGCUGAAGGAGAGCAUCCAGAUCAACGGCAGCCUGCUGGCGCUGGGCAACGUCAUCAGCGCCUUGGGGGACCCCCGCCGGAAAGGCAGCCACAUUCCCUACCGGGAUUCCAAAAUCACGAGGAUCCUGAAAGACUCCCUAGGUGGGAACGCGCAGACGGCGAUGAUCGCCUGCGUCAGCCCCUCCUCCUCCGACUUCGACGAGAGCUUGACGACGCUGAACUACGCCAGCCGCGCUCAGAACAUCAAGAACAGGGCGGUGGUGAACAGCUGCAAGGAGGCCGAGGACGUGGUGGAGCUGCGGCUGCAGAUCAAGAGCCUGCAGCGGGCGAUGGAGCAGCGCCGCCGCGCGGAGACCCGCAUCAUCAACCGCUCGGACCCGGCCCCCAAGCGGCCCACGCAGGACCGCGCAGCCCGCCUCCUGGCGGAGUGUGCCCACUACAGGACGUGCACCGACGCCGCCUACCGGCUCUUGACGGAACUGCAAGAGGAGGGCACCCUCAGCGUGGGGCAGAUCCUGCGGGUGAAGGAGUGGCUGUGCGCCGUGGAGGGCGAGAGGAGCGCGCUGAGUUCGGCCUCCGGCUUGGACAGCGGCAUCGAGAGCGCGUCGGCGGACGAUCGGAACCCCAAGCAGGAAGGCCACCCGAAGGGACCUGAAACGGUAAGGGAGGACUCCCUGGCGAGGCAAGUGGAGCGGUUAGAAGAAGAGAAUCGGGAUUUUCUCGCUGCCCUCGAGGACGCCAUGGAGCAGUACAAGCUGCAGAGUGACAAGUUGCAGGAGCAGCAAGACCUCAUCGCUGAACUCCACAAAUGCCUGCGGAGGGAGAGGCCGAACUCAGGCGUGCCGGAACUGCUGCAAAACCUCUGCCUGGUUCAGCGUGGCCAGAGACCUCACACGGCCCCCGCAGGCGCUGCCCAAUCUUCUCGCUGGCCCAAGCCUGGCCCUACCAACCCCAACAAGCUCUGCCGUCCCCUGGCUGACAGUGGAAUGGGCAUGUCGGGGUGCCAUCAGAGUUGCCCGCAAGCUUUGGACGCUGACGACGGAAUACUGACGCAGGAGCUUGAUAAGGCCACGGAGGGGCCGGGGAAGCCCCCUGAGGAAGAAGAGGAGGAGGAGGAGGAGGAGGAAGGAGAGCGUGAGCAAACGCAGUCCCUUUACCAGCGCAGAAACGGGAUCCAUGGCGGCAUGAAAAAGAAGUUUUCAAGCAACGGGGGCAGGGAACGGAGCAAAAGCAACCCGGCGUUGAUUCAGGAAGAACCUCCAGAACCAUCCAAAGUCGCUGCAGACGGCAGGAGACCAGAGCCGGCCAACGUCGGGGAAGGCUUUUCGGGGAAAGAUUCAGAGUGGCGGCUGGUUCAGGCUCAGCAGAAGAUCCGGGAGCUGUCCAUCAACAUCCGCAUGAAGGAAGACUUGAUCGCGGAACUGAUCAAGACAGGCAAGCACGCGCAGACCGUGAACAAGCAGUACUGCCGGAAGAUCCGCGAGUUGGAGCAGGAGGCGGAGCAGGUGCGAGUGGAGCUGGGUGACAGCCAGAGGCAGCUACAGGAGCUGGAAGGCAGGGAGCCCCGCGACCCCGGAGAGAAGCGGAAGCUGCAGGAGUGCCGCCGCAAAGUGGCGGCAGCUCAGAGUAAGGCCAAGGUCCUGCAGGAGAAGAAGCAGGCGACGGAGCGGCUGGCAUCCCUCCCCGCCCAGAGCGAGAAGCGGGUGCGGGAGCUGGAGAAGAAUGUGCAGCUGAUGCGGCAGCAGCAGGGGCAGCUCCAGCGGCGGCUGCGGGAAGAGAUGGAGCAGAAGCGGCGCCUGGAGACGGAGAUGCACCGGGGGCAGCAUCGGGUCAAGGAGCUGGAGCUGAAGAAUGAGCAGCACCAGAAGAUCCUGCGCCUCAAGACGGAAGAAAUCGCCGCCUUCCAGAGGAAGCGUCGGAGCGGGAGCAACGGCUCCGUGAUCAGCCUGGAGCAGCAGCAGAAAAUCGAGGAGCAGAAAAAGUGGCUGGACUCGGAGAUCGAGAAAGUCCUGGAGCAGCGUCGGGCGUUGGAUGAGCUGGAAGACGAGCUGACCAAACGUGAAGCCAUCGUGGUGAAAAAGGAAGCUCUCCUGCAGGAGAAGAGCGGUCUGGAAAAUAAGAGGCUUCGCUCGAGCCAGGCACUGAAUGAUGAUAUCAUGCGGGUGUCCAGCCGGCUGGAGUACCUGGAAAAAGAGCUGAUGCAGAAGAACGGGCAGCUGUGCCACAGCAGCGGCAAAGACCAGCAGCAGAUCCGGCAAGAAAUUAACAACUUGCGUCAAGAGAAGGACCAGCUUCUUAAACAGAGGCUGGAGAUAGAUCAGAAGCUGCGGCAGGGCACCUUGCUGUCCCCGGAGGAGGAGCGGAUUCUCUUCCAGCUAGACGAGGCAAUCGAGGCGCUGGACGCCGCCAUCGAGUACAAAAAUGAGUCCAUCACUUGCCGGCAGCGCGUCCUGCGCUCCUCCGCCAGCCUCCUAUCCCAGUGCGAGAUGAACCUCAUGGCCAAACUCAGCUACCUCUCUUCCUCCGAGACCCGAGCCCUCCUUUGCAAGUACUUUGAUAAGGUGGUGACCCUCCGAGAGGAUCAGCACAAGCAACACAUCGCCUUCUCGGAGCUGGAGAUGCAGCUGGAGGAGCAGCAGCGGCUGGUGCUCUGGCUGGAAGUGGCCUUGGAGCGCCAGCGCUUGGAGACGGACCGCCAGCUGACCUUGCAGCAGAAGGAGCACGAGCAGAACAUCCAGCUCCUGCUCCAGCAAAGCCAGGAGCACGUGGAAGAAAGGCAGGCAACCAGCAGGCUUCAGUUCCAAGGAAGGAUCCAAGCCCUGGAGAAGGAAUUGGCCCACACUCUGUGGGUGAACCAAGAACUGACCCAGAAGCUGAGCACGAGCCACCUGGGAGGAAUGGAACGAAACGCAGCUGGGGACAGACCUGCUUCACUUCGGAUGCAAGACAACUUCAGCACCAACGGCGUGCUGGAAGCAGGGGAGAAGCUCAGGGACGUGGUGCACACACCUUUACCAUCCACGUGGAGGCGCUCUUCCCAGUCCGCUGCCAACAUACCGAUGCCAGAAGAUCUUCACCAGAAAGAUGCCGAGUUCCUGCUCCGAUCUGGCCAGGCAAAGGAAGCAUCCCCUCCCUUAAGCUUGGCUCCUGUUCUGAAAUCCCGCAAAGAGUCGUACAGAGGGGCCCUGAAUGUUUUUCCUGGACUGUAUUGCCCCGCAAUCAUAGACGUCAGGAAAAAUCCACUCUAG